UACAUUGAAUACCUCAUCAAUGGCAUCCUCACUGGUUUCAAGGAGUUUAUAUAGAAAAUGCCUGCAGCAAAGCCGAUGCGUCAUUCAAGGCAGACAUUUGAGAACUUGUGUGAAUAGAAAAUGGGCGAGACCAAGCCUGGAGCGGGCACUAUGGAACUCAAAGUGGUUCCAUUCCAGUACAGUGGUAUUUGGAGACAUUGAACAGUUCAAUCUGUCAGACAUUGGGGAGGGAAUCCGAGAGGUCCAUAUCAAGGAAUGGUUUGUGAAUGUCGGGGACCAUGUGAACCAGUUUGACAGUAUCUGUGAGGUACAGAGUGACAAAGCGUCGGUGACGAUCACCAGUCGAUACGACGGCUACAUCAGGCGACUGUACUAUGAUGUGGAUGAUGUGGCACUUGUUGGGAAACCCCUGGUGGACAUUGAACUCAGUAGUGGGUCAGCCAGUUCCAGCUCUGAGUCGGUCGACAGUGACAGCACCUCCUCGUCAGACGAUGAGUAUGGGGUUGGUCAGAAAAUGAAAUCUCAAGCGGUGCUGGCUACUCCCGCUGUACGCAGGCUGGCCAUGGAAAACAAGAUUGACUUGAGGAAUGUACCUGCCACAGGUAAAGAUGGGCGGGUCCUGAAGGAGGACAUUCUUAGCUUCAUUAAAGAUCAAGAAACACCAAAGGCCCCUAGCCCAGCUGACAAAGCUGCACCAGCUGCUCCGUCUCCUGUCCAGAAAACCCCACCCCAGAAACCCUCACCUCUACCCAUGCCAGCAAAAAGAGAGGCAACGAUUCCCGUUGGAAAAGAUCACACAGAGGUCAUCAAAGGAAUCAGGAAGGCAAUGGUGAAGACGAUGACUGAGGCCGCCCACAUUCCAACAUUCGGGUACAACGACGAGAUUGAUAUGACGCGAUUGGUAGAGCUCCGGAGGGACAUCAAGAGUGUCACUGAGAGCGCCGGUGUCCGUUUCUCCUACAUGCCCAUCAUUGUUAAGGCUGUUUCCCUCGCCUUGACUGAAUUUCCCAUCCUGAACUCUAUCGUGGAUGCCAAUUGUGAAAACAUUACUUAUAAGGCAGCACAUAAUAUUGGUAUUGCCAUGGAUACCCCAGAAGGUUUGGUAGUACCCAGCGUAAAAAACGUCCAAACUCUGAGUAUUUACGACAUUGCUGUUGAACUUAAUCGUAUGCAGACCCUCGGGGCGGCGGGAAAGCUGACCAAUGCCGAGUUGACCGGUGGGACUUUCUCUCUGUCCAACAUUGGAGUGAUUGGAGGGACCUAUGCCCGACCUGUGAUAUUACCCCCAGAGGUGGCUAUAGGAGCCCUCGGAAAACUUCAGAGGCUACCUCGCUUUGAUGACAAAGGUAAUGUUGUCAGUAAAGAGAUCAUGUGCGUGAGUUGGUCUGCCGACCACAGAAUUAUAGAGGGCGCCACCAUGGCUCGUUUCUCAAACCUGUGGAAGUCAUACCUAGAGAACCCAGGGCUGAUGCUCCUCUACAUGCGAUGAAUUCACUGUGAUAAUCAAGGGAUUUUAGCGUCCUCAUGUUCCGUUUGCUCAUCUAUCAUGUACGUUAUGUCUUUGGAAGAUUGCGAACUGUUGCAAAUCAGUGUGGACAGUUAGUUAUCAGUAUUUGGAACUGGUGGGAAUUCUUUAUGAUAUCAAUCAUGAGAAUGUGGCUAUGUACAUCACUGCAUUGAUUUGAGUAUGCCAACAAAAAAAUGUUAGCGAUGUGAUUGACUGUGGUUUCUUGUUGGAAUGUAUAGUGGACUCUACUAUGUACCUACAUCAUCUGUAUGCUGUACAGCCAGUUCCUGUCACCUGGUGUGGCUAAUUACUAUAUAAGUGUAUUUUGAACUGAAUCUCAUGAAAUUAGAUAUACAAUCAUGUGUGCAUAAUUUUGAAUAAAAUGAUUACAAAUCA